AUNAGGAUAUUGUGUUGUAUUCAGCCAAGGUUAUCCCUGGCAACGAGUCUCGUGUUAUGGAAAUGCUAAACCGCAUAUCAGAUAUUGGAUCAACUAUAAUUAUGGGGAAGAAUGAAUGUCUGCACACAUCUGGCCAUGGGUAUCGUGGAGAAUUGGAGGAAGUGCUUAGAAUUGUGAAGCCACAGCAUUUUUUACCCAUACAUGGAGAACUCUUGUUCUUGAAGGAACAUGAAUUACUUGGAAAAUCAACUGGCAUUCGGCACCACUACUGUUAUUAAGAAUGGAGAGAUGCUUGGUGUUUCUCAUUUGAGAAACAAAAGAGUCCUUUCCAAUGGUUUCACCUCACUUGGAAAAGAGAAUUUCCAGUUGAUGUAUAGUGAUGGUGAGAAAGCAUUUGGUACAUCAAGUGAACUCUUUAUUGAUGAAAGAAUGAGAAUUGCAUUAGAUGGCAUCAUAGUUGUUAGCAUGGAAAUAUUUCGCCCACAAAAUUUAGACAGUCCAGUUGAGAACACCUUAAAAGGAAAAAUAAGAAUUACCACAAGAUGCCUGUGGCUUGACAAGGGUAAGCUGUUGGAUGCACUCCAUAAAAGCUGCUCAUGCGGCCCUUUAACUGCCCUGCAAGCUGUCCCUGGCUCAUAUGGAAAGAAUUGUAUUGAGGUGUGA